CGGUUACCCUUCAUUCCAGUUGCUGCCGCGUGGAGUGGUUGCUAACCUCUGUCGGUGCACGGCGCACGCUAAUGCUGGAUCUGUUUUCCUUAGAGUGAAUGCGAGGACAAUGGCAUUUAAGAUCGCUGUCAACCCAGUUCAUCAUGUGAUAGAUGUGUUGGUAGUCGUCGAGAUAAUUAAGUCUGAAAAUAAGGAUAUAAUAAUAUCAUGGAAUAAAACUAAGAGUGACAAGUCAGACGUUUGCUUGUAUGAUAAAGAUGACAAGUUAUUGGGACAACAUAAUAAUGAAAUAACCCGCUAUCUGGCAAGGACAAUGAGUCCCUUACUUUAUGGUGAUGCCUGCCCUUAUCAACGAACAGAAAUUGAUCACUGGAUAUCCUGCGCUAUAAUAUUACAAAAUAAACUAAUAAAUAAGGAGCUUUUAAACUAUUUGGAUAAUGUAUUGAUGACACGCACAUGGCUAGUCGCCAAUAGAUUAACAUUGGCUGACAUUCAUACAUUUUGCGUUUUGUAUCGCCACGAGUAUGUAAAAUUGUACGCAAGUGAUUACUAUAACAUCACUAGAUGGUACAAACACAUGGAAUCGCUUCCUGCUUUCAACAAUGCAUUAUCCAUGAUCGCAAAAAAUUGUCCUCCAUCAUCGAAAUCGAAGGAUGCAAAUCCGCAGGAGGAAAGAUCUGCCGUCAAGGAGACGAAAACGAGGAAACAGGAGGGCAAAUUUAUUGAUCUGCCUGGCGCAGAAAUGGGCAAAGUAGUGGUGAGAUUUCCGCCAGAAGCAAGUGGUUAUCUGCACAUUGGUCAUGCUAAAGCUGCUCUUUUAAACCAGUAUUACGCCGAGGCCUUUCAAGGACAACUUAUCAUGAGAUUUGAUGAUACAAAUCCAGCGAAGGAGACCGUAGAAUUUGAGGAGGCUAUAUUGGAGGAUUUAAGAUUACUGCAAAUCAAGCCCGAUCGUUUUACGCACACCUCGGAUUACUUCGAGAUAAUGCAACAGUAUUGUACUACACUCAUUAAGAAUGGAAAGGCUUACGUGGACGGCACCCCGGCGAAUCUUAUGAAAGAACAACGUGAUCAAAGAUUGAAAUCAAAAUAUCGAGAUAACUCCGUUGCCGAAAAUCUGGCGUUGUGGGAAGAAAUGAAACGCGGCACCGAGAAGGGUCAAGAGCAUUGCGUCAGAGCAAAGAUCGAUUAUCAGUCAACGAACGGAUGCAUGCGCGAUCCAACAAUUUACCGUUGCAAGCCAGAACCUCAUCCUCGUACUGGAACGAAAUACAAGGUGUAUCCUACGUAUGAUUUCGCCUGUCCAAUUGUCGACGCUAUUGAGAAUGUUACUCACACUCUGCGCACAACCGAGUAUCACGACAGAGACGUUCAAUUUUACUGGCUGAUCGAGGCUUUGGGAUUACGACGCCCGUACAUUUGGGAAUAUUCACGGUUAAACAUGACUCAUACGGUUCUAUCUAAACGAAAGUUAACUUGGUUCGUAAAUGAGGGUCUAGUCGAUGGAUGGGACGAUCCACGCUUUCCGACAGUGAGGGGCAUUCUGAGACGAGGAAUGACAGUCGAGGGUCUGAAACAAUUUAUCAUCGCACAAGGUAGUUCCAGAUCUGUGGUCUUCAUGGAGUGGGACAAAAUAUGGGCUUUUAACAAGAAAGUCAUCGAUCCAGUCGCGAUCAGAUACACUGCACUGGAUUAUAAUGAGAUGAUACCGGUUCACGUAGUAGAUGCUAAGGAUGAGUGGUUGACUGUGCAAAAUCACCCUAAAGAUUCAUCUAAAGGUGUCAAACGAGUGCGAGUGGGGCCGAAAAUCUUGAUAGAAAAGGAGGAUGCUGACAGAUUAAUUGACGGACAGAAUACGACCUUCAUUAAUUGGGGUAACUUAAUGAUACAAAAGAUAAAAAAACAAGGUGGCAAUGUGGUGGGUGUGGAAGCACGAUUAAAUUUGGAGGACAAGAAUUACAAGAACACCUUGAAGAUCACGUGGCUGGCUGAAUCGUUGCCCACAUCUGAUCCAAAUGCAGAAAAAUCAAAUUCAAUAAAGUGCUAUGCUGUUUACUUCGGUCACAUUAUGAGCGUGCCGGUUUUGGGCAAAGAUGACGAUUUUCAAAACUUUGUUGCCAAGAAUACAAGAAAAGAAAUUCAAAUGCUGGGUGAAGUGGAACUGAAACGCGUGAAGAAGGGAGAGAUAAUUCAGCUUCAGAGAAAGGGAUUCUUUAUUUGUGAUGUUCCUUAUGCAUCGGAUUCUUAUUUAUCACGGGAUCAACCUCUCAUAUUGUUCCAUAUACCUGAUGGACAUUCGACAACACCUUAUAUGACGUCUGAAGCGUUAUCACGUAAUCAGGAUUUGAAGACAGCUGAUACUAAAGUUGCUAGUACUAAAAGCAAGUCAAAACCAGAGAACCAAGAAAUUUCGAAAGCGGAGAAGAUAUCCGAAGAAAUAACGAAGCAGGGUGAUAAAGUACGAAAUCUGAAAAGCUCGAAAGCCGACAAGAAUAUCAUUGAUCAAGAAGUAAAGGUUCUGUUAAGCUUGAAAAGUGACUAUAAAAAUUUGACUGGUCAAGAAUGGAAACCAGCUGAUACUAAAGCUACUAAUAAAAGCAAGACAAAGCCAGAAAACGCAGGAAAUUCGAAUGCGCAGAGGAUAUCCGAAGAAAUAACGAAGCAAGGCGACAAGGUACGAAAUCUGAAAAGCUCGAAAGCCGACAAGAGCGUUAUUGAUCAAGAAGUGAAGGUUCUCUUAAAUUUGAAAAGCGACUAUAAAAAUGCGACUGGUCAGGAAUGGAAACCAGCUGAUACUAAAGCUGCUAAUAAAAGCAAGACAAAGCCAGAAAACGCAGGAAAUUCGAAUGCGGAACGGAUAUCCGAAGAAAUAACGAAGCAAGGCGACAAAAUACGAAAUCUAAAAAGCUCGAAAGCCGACAAGAGCGUUAUUGACCAAGAAGUGAAGGUUCUCUUAAGCUUGAAAAGUGAUUAUAAAAAUGCGACUGAUCAGGAGUGGAAACCAACUGAUGCUAAAGUUGCUAGUAAAAGCAAGACAAAGCCAGAGAAGAAAGAGAUUUCGAAUGCGGAGAAGAUAUCCGAAGAGAUAACGAAGCAAGGCGACAAAGUACGGAAUCUGAAAAGCUCGAAAGCCGACAAGAGCGUUAUUGAUCAAGAAGUGAAGGUUCUCUUAAGUUUGAAAAGUGAUUAUAAAAAUGCGACCGGCCAAGAUUGGAAGCCCGCGAGCUCGGAGGCACCAUCGAAAAAGGAGAAACAAAAGACUCCUAAGCCCGAAAAGACAUCGGAGAAAGAAGUUGCGAAAAAUGCAAAUAGCAGCAAGGGCGCCGAUUCCAAGAAAACGGGAACAAGAUUGGGUUUAGAAGCAAAAAAGGAGGAAAAUUUUCACGACUGGUACUCGCAAGUCAUCACGAAAAGCGGAAUGAUUGAGUAUUAUGACGUGUCCGGAUGUUACAUUCUUCGCCCGUGGAGUUUCGCGAUUUGGAAGGUAAUAAAGGAGUUCAUCGACAAGAAGAUAACGGACGUCGGUGUUCAGGAGUGCUAUUUCCCGAUCUUCGUUACCCGCAGCGUAUUGGAAAAGGAGAAGGCGCACGUAGCGGACUUCGCGCCGGAAGUCGCGUGGGUGACAAAAUACGGCGAAACCAAUUUGGCAGAGCCCAUCGCUAUACGGCCCACCUCGGAGACUAUAAUGUAUCCGGCUUAUGCCAAAUGGCUGAGAUCGGACACCGAGUUACCGCUCAGGCUCAACCAGUGGAAUAACGUUGUGAGGUGGGAAUUCAAAGAUCCCAAACCUUUUCUACGCACCAGAGAAUUUUUAUGGCAGGAGGGCCAUACCGCGUUUGCCACGAAGAAGGAGGCGGAGGAAGAAGUUCUGAUGAUCUUGGACAUGUACGCCAGGGUCUACGAGGACUUGUUAGCGGUACCCGUCGUCAAAGGCCGGAAAACUGAGAAGGAGAAAUUCGCGGGUGGCGAUUACACCACUACCGUCGAGGCGUUUAUUUCGACUAACGGUCGCGCGAUACAGGGAGCGACGAGCCAUUAUCUGGGACAGAACUUCUCGAAGAUGUUUAACAUCCAGGUGGAAGGUAUCGACGGAGAAGAAAAGACGUUUGUUUAUCAAAAUUCGUGGGGUUUAACUACACGAACGAUUGGAGUCAUGAUAAUGAUACACGGAGAUGACAAAGGUUUAGUGUUGCCUCCGAAUGUAGCACCUGUGCAAGUCGUUGUGAUUCCUUGCGGCAUAGGCGCAGAUUGUCGUGAAGAAUUAAAAAAUGAUAUUCUAUCCCAAUGUGCUGUUUGGGUCGAGACAUUGGGUAAAGAUGGUAUUAGGGUGAAAGGCGAUUUCAGAAAUAAUCGAACAGUUGGAUGGAAAUUCAAUCACUGGGAAUUGAAAGGCGUGCCAAUAAGAAUCGAGCUCGGACCCGAAGAUAUGCUCAAAAAUCAAGUAACGGUCGUGCGAAGGGAUACCUUCCAGCGAAUAGCUGUUCAUAAAGGCGAUGUAAGGGAGACGAUACCCUUGAUACUGAACAAAGUGCACGAGCAAUUGCUGUCGAGAGCGAGAAACAAGUUAAAUGAGCAUAUUAAACAGAUAGAAAAGUGGAGUGAUUUCAACCCCGAGCUUAACAAAAAGAAUUUAUUGUUGGUACCUUUCUGCGGAGAGCCGACAUGCGAAGAUAAGAUUAAACAGGAUAGUACAAGAGAGAGCACGGAUAACGAAUCAUUAAUGGGCGCUAAGAGUUUGUGUAUACCAUUUGAUCAGCCAAAAACAAAACCACUUAACGAGCUUAAUUGCAUUCAUCAUGGUUGCAAAAACAAGCCGAAGUUUUAUACACUUUUCGGACGUAGCUACUAAUAACAUCCAGAAAAGUAGGUUUAUACACAACAAUUUCAUAAAUUAUAUUGAGAUUUUUAUAUGUAACAUAAAAUUUAUAUUAUUUGAAAUUUAUAAUUACUGAUCUGUUAUUUUUUUUCUAUGAGAUUAGAAUUUUGUAUUACAUGUAAACUUAAGACUUUUGUUCAAUAAUGUUUCAAACAUGUAUAUUUAAUAAUACACAUAAGUCUGUUCUUA